UUGUAGUUGUAAAGGGAAAAUAUGUUGUAGUUUAUCAAAUCACAGGUCAUGUGACUCGACCAUAAGAGCGAUGUCAACAUAAAAUUAGUGUGUACCGAAAUCUGUACCCAAACGCUUUCAUAACGACAAGUUCGCUCUACAGGUUGGUCAGAAUGUAUAUCCUAUACAUUCUUAGUGGACUGCUGGCACUGGUUGCAAGCAAACCCUGUGAUCCUGUAGGAUCAGAGCCUGGUGAGCUGCUCCUCUCACUCAAUAAGAAUCUGCUGCGUUCUCUGGAGGAUGAAGGAACGUCCCCCAAUCCCAGUGUGCACCUGGCCCUGCGCCUGUCCACUCACCACAACCUUGGCAUGGAGAGUGAUCACCUGAAUGCACUUAAAACAGAUUUACACACUGACAUUGAGAGCUCUCUGACCAACAGCCAGCCAGUGGUGGGUCUCCUGGCCCUGUACACUCUGGCCCUGAAGGCCUCCUGCUACGACCUCAACACCUUGACCUUCACUGUCAAUCAGAGGAGCGAGACCCUGCUGACUCAUCUCAAGAGACAGAUGGAACUGGAGAAAGACCACAUCGCCUUCAGCCAGCGUCCUCUGACUAACUACUACCAGUAUUCUCUGGGCGUGCUGGCACUGUGUGUGAGUGGAGUUAGAGUCAACUCUCACGUCAGCAACAAGCUCAUCAGGGCUGUAGGGCAUGGACAUAUCAAACAUGAAGCCUCUGAUAGCAUUGACACGUUUGCCAUGGCUGGGAUGGCCCUGCAGUGCCUGAAGGAGUCUGACACCCAGGUGCAGGAUGCGGCUCUGGACAAAGCCCUGGACCUCAUCAAGCUGAAGCUACUGGACUCCCAGCGGGCUGAUGGUCACAUGGGCAAUGAGUUCAGCACAGGCCUGGCAGUGCAGGCCCUGCUGGCGAUGGGCAGCCAGGUGCAGGAGUGUGCUAGCUCCAUGGAGGCCAUGAGGUCAGAUGUGAGGAAGGGAACCUAUCUCAACCCCAUGGCUAUGUCCCAAACUCUGCCUGCUCUCCAGCAGAAAUCCUAUCUGCAAGUCAAGGGCAAGGAGUGCCGCAAUGAGGAUGACAGCCUGGUCCUGGAGGCCAGGGAGCCAGUGACGGUGUUACAGAGUCAUACCAACGUAGCCCUGAAGGUGGAGGUGGUCAAAUCGCAUGGGGCAUCUGCUGUCUAUUCUGUGGAUGUGCCAACGGGCACCUCGUUGGUUGAUGCCCUUGAACUCCUUCAAAAGACCAACAUUGACUUCACGUUUGAGAAGGAGACCAGCCUUUGGGGACCUUUCCUGAGUGUGGUGAAUGGGGAACUGGCUAGACAGACCGACCGCAGAUACUGGCACCUCUCCUCAGACGGCAACACUCUCAGCCAGGGUAUCAAAGAUUUCAAGAUCGAGACGGCUCAACAGAUCACCAUCAAAAACACCAGAUACUGAGAAUUAAAAUGUGUGAAUCACAGUGAUUGACAAAUGUGUCAUGUCAAAUUAUCUGAUGGGAAAGCAAUCCAGCUCAAAAAUGUGCUUUAUACUGUCAUGUACUGUAUGAGAUUUUUAGGAGUAAAAAAUCGGAGAUUUUAGGAUCCUCAAAGGUUUGCAACAUCUUUUAUGGACUUGAUUCAGUCCCCUGGGGAGUGAAAAUUCACUGUUUUAGCAGAGGCAAUCGACUCGAUAAAUUUUUACUUCUACCUCUAUGGAUUAUUUUACUACACACAUUCUGUGAAUUCACAUUUUAUAGAGAGGUAUAACAAGGCAAUUAUAUUAUCUGUUAAAUGCGUGGUUUGAACGUUUUUGCAUUUGAAGAAACAACAUGAUAAUAAACCUUUGGAUAAACUU